AUGAAAAAGAUCCGGACGAUCACCACCAAGUCCAACUCCAUCCGGCAGGGGAAGGCCAAGAUGCUGCCCGUCUCCAUGAAUGGAAAGGACGACGAUUUGUGGUGCACAGAAUUGGAAAGGAUCUUCGGCUUCCCACUCCAUUACACCGAUGUGUCCAACAUGGGCCGCCUGGCACGUCAGAAGCUGCUCGGACGGUCGUGGAGCGUCCCCGUCAUCCGUCACCUCUUUGCACCCCUGAAAGAUUAUUUUGCCUGCGAUUAG